AUGGACCGCAUCAUCCGACCUGCUGCACGCCAAUUAUUGAGACCCCGCCCUAGAUACCCCUUCUCCAUUCCCACUGUUCGCCCACAGAGACUCUACAGCAUGAACCACAGCGCGCCGCAGUUGAAAGACCAGUCGCUCUUCAUUGAGAAGGCGUACAUCAAUGGCGAGUGGGUCGAUGCGAAGUCCGGCGAGACCUUCGAGGUUCAUGACCCGGCCACUGGCAAACUAAUCGGAACAUGCCCCGAGCUCGAUGUAUCCGACGUCGAGAAGGCGAUCCAGGCCGCCUCCGACGCCUUCCCUAAAUUCCGCACAACCCUCGGCCGUGAGCGUGCACGCAUGCUGCGCCGGUGGUACGAUUUGAUGGUGGAGAACGCAGACGACCUGGCCAAGUUGAUCACAUGGGAGAACGGAAAGCCCCUCGCCGAUGCGAAGGGUGAGGUGAACUAUGCCGCCAGCUUCUUCGAGUGGUUCAGUGAAGAGGCCCCCGCACAUACGCCAGUGGGUGUCUGCGGUCUGAUCACCCCGUGGAACUUCCCCGCGGCCAUGAUUACGCGCAAGAUUGGUCCCGCCCUGGCGGCGGGUUGCACGGUUGUGGCCAAGUCUCCCCAGGAGACCCCCUUCACAGCCAACGCCAUCGCCGAGCUUGCACACCGGGCUGGAAUCCCCAAGGGUGUGGUCAACUUCGUGACCUCGUCGAAGAACACUCCCGCAGUCGGCGAGCUCAUCACCACCCACCCCGAGGUGCGCAAGGUUUCCUUCACCGGCUCGACCAACGUCGGUCGCCUUCUCAUGAAGCAGUCUGCUUCGACCAUCAAAAAGGUCUCCUGGGAACUCGGCGGUAACGCGCCUUUCAUCGUGUUCGACGAUGUCGAGGAUCUCGACGCCGCCGUUGCCGGUGCCAUCGCCUCCAAGUUCCGCAGCUCCGGCCAGACCUGCGUGUGUGCCAACCGCAUCUACGUCCAGGAGGGUGUGUAUGAGGAGUUCAGCAAGCGCUUCGUCGAGAAGGUCAAGGACUUCAAGCUCGGCGGCGGUUUCGGAGAUGGCAUCACCCACGGUCCUGUCAUUCACGAGCGUGCGGCCAACAAGGCUCACGAGCAUGUGCAGGACGCUACCUCCAAGGGUGCCAAGAUUGUCAUUGGUGGCGAGAAGGCUACCGCUCUCGGACCUAACUUCUACCACCCCACCGUGCUGACCGGUAUGAGCAAGGACAUGCUGCUCGCUUCGGAGGAGACGUUCGGCCCCGUGGCUGGCCUCUUCUCUUUCAAGACUGAGAAGGAGGUCGUUGACCUGGCUAACCGUGCCGAGGUCGGUCUGGCCGGCUACUUCUUCAGUGGCAAUGUUCGCCGCAUCUUCCGUGUUGCUGAGGCCCUGGAGGUCGGCAUGGUUGGUGUUAACACUGGUUUGAUCAGCGAUGUUGCCUCACCAUUCGGUGGUGUCAAGCAGAGUGGCUUCGGUCGUGAGGGCAGCAAGUACGGUAUUGACGAGUUCAUGACUAUCAAGAGUGUCACUUUCAGCGGCAUGGGUGGUCCGCUGCAGGAGUAA